UACAGUCUCCUUUUAAAGAAUUAAGUCCACUUAUAACUUAAGUACUGUAUCAUUCUUUUUAAACUCAUGGUGAAUGUACAGUAUUAUACCCCUUUCUUUACAUUCACAGAAAGUACACCUCAUAAAACACUACCAAUACAUUCAAAUGACAUUUGUUUUUUAAACGCUACAACAAAACAAAUUCAUAAGGUGACACAAUUAGAGGCCUUCAGAAUGUUUUAUUAAUUUAGUCUGACUCUUGCAAACAACAAUUUCAUUAUGUAUUUACACACCUACAUAAAACAGGUUAAAGAAAAGCAGAAGAGACUUCUUAAACUAUAAACAAACAUUUAAAGAUAGAAACGAUACAUAAAAUGCCACCACGAUUAUAAUCUAUAAAUUAGAAAUAUGAACUGGAAGCAUAACACUUUAUUGUAUAUCUCCUCAAAACUCACUAGGCAUCUCGUUUUCCUGAUAUCAUUGAAAUUAUAAAUUAUAGACUGCUGUCUUGACGGCCUCUAAACCCACGUAAAGUUGCAUGUGAAUAUGGCUAACGUUAUCUAUCCUGUAUUUGCUCGACGUUGGCUCGUUAACGGCGUCAUAGAGCCUGGAAGCGUGUCCCACUUUUAAGUGCGUGAAAGUUGGCAACCCUGCUAAUAGACUUACAAAAUAAGAAAGUAAUUUAAGUACAAACACUAAAACAAUACAAUACAGAAAACCGCAAACAGAUUGCUCUCUAAUCCGCUGCACUGUCUUCAGUAUCGUCUUCCUGGUCAGGGAGCUGUCAAUCCAAAUCUCACUAACCAAUGAGAGUAAAGUGGCCAUAAGUCCCGCCCACACGUGAGUUUGUGCCAGAAAGGCGAACGAAAAAUUGAGAAGCGUACACGAAAACCCGGAAAGCGCAAAUGAAAAAUCUAGCAGCGAAUUCAAAACUAUUAUUUGCAAAAACGAAACUUAGAAAAUUGUUAAGAAAAAUAGCAGUUUAUUUGAAAAUUCUUGCAACUGAGUUUAUUGUUUUCAUUAUCAAAGUGUUUUUUUCUUUCUCAUUGUAUAUUUUUGUUCGUUUUUUAAAAGUUUGCGUUCAUUUUUAUUGGCACAAAAGGAAUCCCAUACUAAUGUAAGGGUCUGGAUAUGACACAGGUAUGAUAGAAUGCAACAAAGCGAGAAUCUAUUCGGUAGUGAUAGGAUGCGCCUUAAUAAGCGCGAAAUGAUAGGUCAGGUCCCAAGCCGGUGAAGCCGUAGCUCUGGACGGCGGUAUCCCGUCCGACUCUCGUGAAUUUCCGCUCCCAGAACCGGCUCUUUACGACUGUAACCAAGAUCACACCGCUGCUGCAACCUGCUCCUCUUCGCUCACCUAUAAUCCAUUAAAAACAAAGUUCUUCUUGUUAACCAUCUGCGCGCGUAAGGCGCUGGCGCAAUCGCUUGAGCUGUCAUAACGGCAGAAACAACUUUGUCAUCUCUGUGAUAAUUUAUGGUCAAACAGAUAUCACAAUGAGUAUGUCAUUAGAUACUGCAAAGUUAGCUACUUUAAGUCAUGUACACACUUGCACUAAAAACAGAACAUUAUGCUUUUGCAAAAUAAAGAAUAUUUUAUUACACAGUUAUAUGGAGUUAUUUUCUUUAUGUGGGUGCUCUGCGCCGAUGAAUCCGAGCUCUGUGCUAAAUGACUGACUGCUCACACCGCAUCAGAGCACAUCUGUUCAUCAACGUGACAGUAACAUGCAGUGGCGGCCGGUCAAUAGGGGGCGCUGGGGCGCCGUCCCCUUAAAGUUAGCCAGAGAAGAAAGCUACUUUAAUAUGCCAACAAUAAGUUUAAUAUAUAUCGCAAAUUAAUAACGUAAUAAAAUAAUUUAGUCGUACUAUUCCACCGUUAGUCAUAUUAUCAUUUAUUAAAAAAUCAAAAUUGUAUUUUGUUCAUACGUGUGUGCGGGGCGCCGGACAAACGAGUGUGUAUGUAGGCACGUACAUUUUUGAAAAGCAUGUGAUUUGAGGCUGAGCUCUAAUUGGCUUGUUUCAAAUCGUCAUUGGGGCGCAGAGUACCCUCCCACUUUUGUUGUAAGCGAAUCAAUAUUGUUUUUAUAUUUUUGGCCUCAUGUGAUUGGACCGUUCUUAACGCCUCUCAUUACCGCACAGCAGAUUGUCAUUUGACUGACAGGUACUGAUUAACGUGGAAGCAAGCGAAAUUAUCUCGAGAUGAAAGAAAAUUCGGUUUUAUCUUUACAAGAAUACCCGUUCCAAAGGCGUUCAGAUGAAGAAAAAAAACGGAUCAAGGAGCUUGGACCAGAUCGACCCAAUUUGCAAAUUCAGCAGCAGUCAAGUGAUCGCGGUCGAUUUUACACUCGGUGCUUUUCCGGUGUCGUGCCGAAAACACACUCCCUGCCAAAUUAUGCACCCCCCUCCCCACAAUGGUUAGGGUAAGGAUUAGGUGUUAGGGGAGGGGUUAGAGUUAGACAAUCGGACAGCGUGUUAUUGAAGGGGGUGCAUAAUCUGGCGGGGUGUGUUUUCGGCACAACACCGGCACUUCUUAUGGAAAACGGAGUUGGCUAGCUGGAUGCGAUGUAAAUCAUGCCUUUUAUUGUUUUCCCUGUUUGCUGUUUCAAAGUCUUGGCACCGAAACGUUGUGGACAACAACAGGGGUAUGCGAUUUAAAACAUCUCUCUGAUAAGUGCAAGCGACAUAAAAGUAGCCGCAAACAUCUUGACAACGCUAUGAGGCUCCAGUUUUUUGGGAAGCUUAGCAUUGCUGAACAGCUAGAUGAAGGCUACAGGAUUGGCAUUAGAAGGCACAAUGAAGAGGUCACAAAAACAUUCUGUCUAGAAUUAUAGACUGUGUAAAAUGUUGUGGCGCAUUUGAGCUGGCUUUGCGUGGCCACAAUGAGAGCGAGAUGUUCUUUAUAAAGUAGUUGCCCAUAGACUACCAACAUCAAGCAGUGUUAGAUGGAACUUCCACAGCCGUGCCAUCAAUACAGUGUUUGAGCACAGAGAGGGCCUCAUUCGCUGUUUUGAAACUAUUCGAGACUCAGGUGACUUUGACCCUGUUACCACCAGAUAGGCAGGAGGCUUUGCCAUGCUGCUGGAGGAUCAGAAUUUUCAUUUUUUUUCUGCAACUUUUCCACAACAUCAUGCCACACGUGGACAUCCUCUAUGCCAAACUCCAGAAGAAGGACAUAGAUUCAGUCCACAUUAAGGGGAGCAUCCAGCAGUUCCAGCAGGACAUACAGAAGAUCAGAAAUUCUCUCCAUUCUCUGGUUAACCAAAGCAGUGAAGGAGCUUCUCAACCAAAGAGGCGGCGGUUGCUUAGUCCAGAGGUCCAUGAACGGAUUGCAACAGAGGUCUGUGACACCAUACUCCAACACACCAUGGUACGGUUCUGCUUCACAAGCCACCUCGUUAGUGCCACCCUGCUGCAAGCAGACAGGUUUGAACAGUACACAGUGGCGUUUCCUGAAGAUGCACUGAGUAGGACUUUGAAGGCCUAUCCAGUGCUCAAUGGGAGUAAGCUAAAGACAGAGCUUAGUCUCAUCUACUACAAGGAAGAGUUCAGAACCUGUUGUGGUGCUGUGGACCUACUGCAGCUGUUUAAGGAGAACAAUCUCAAAGAAGUCUUUUCAGAGACUGUCACUCUCCUAAAGAUCCUCAUCACCACACCCAUGACCACAGCAGAGGCUGAGAGGUGUUUCUCAACUUUGAAAAGAGUUAAGACUUUUCUGAGAAAUAGCAUGACCCAGGAGAGGCUAAAUGCAUUGGCCAUGCUGUCAAUGGAGAAGAGAAUGGUGACUGAGAUCAUUGACUUUAACCAGAAGGUCAUUGAGAAAUUUGCAAGUCAGAAAGAAAGGAGAGCAAAAUUUAUUUUCAAAUAGUGUUAAUGGCCAAUGAUUAGGUAACUAUAGUGUGUUUUUUUUUUUGAAUGAUUACCUUGAUUACUUCAUUACUGAUAAUAAACCCACAUUCAAUUCAAAUUCACUGAUUCAUAGUACAUUUAUUUGCAUGUAUUAACAUUGACUGUAAUAAUGAUACAUCACCUGAUUAAUGGCUAUUUAUAGUCCUGCAUUACUGACAGUUGGAUUUUCAGUUUGUUUGCGCCCCCCCAAAUAUUUUUAUCACCAGCCUCCACUGGUAACAUGUGAUCGUGUCUAUACCAGAUACAAUGCAAAACGUUUUAAAACAUCAUUAAAAUAGAAUCAAUUGUAGCAUUUGAUAUUGCAUCACGCCUGUAGACAAAAACUCUAAAUAACAUGGAAAAUACCGCAUACCUUACUUCCUACAAGUAAUAUAUCUGAAACAUGUCGUCUGAACACAUACAAUAUCUGCUGCUUUUGUUCUGACUACAUGAAAGGAAUCCUUUUUUUUUACAUACUGUAAAUCAUGAUAGUGACGUCUUACCUGUUAAUGCAAUCCUUUCAGAUGUCGGAGCCAACUCUCAAAAUCCCUGUCAACAUUAGCUUUGCUUUAGCACGAAACUGUCACUUUAGCUCUCCGGAGCGCGAGGUUUCUUUGUUAUUAACAACAGAUGAUUCCCCAGAUGUAAUCAGCAUCAGAACUUAAUAAAUUAAGAUGUUUACAUGAUAUUCUUCAGAUGAUCACUUUUAAACAGCCAUCUAGAUGAUGAUUUAAAUUCCAAGCGACUGUUAUAUGAAUGAACAACACUCGUAGCAGUGCGGCUGCAGCGCCAUUCACAAACACGUAAUAAACUAGCUGU